GUGUGUGUGUGUGUGUGUGUGUUGUGUAACUUGUUGAAAGUAAGAGCUACGAGAUGAGAUGCUUUGUGCUGCACUUGUUUGCUCUCUCUCACUUGCUCGUUUUAUGCAUGUAGAUGUGGUGCUGCACACGUUAUGUACCACAUAUACUCUCAUGCCUGUUCAACGGAAAUUAACCGUACUGCUUUAUGGGAUUCGAUUUUUCUUUUUGCCUCGCUUUGAUUGUCAACAAGGCUGGAAAAAUUGCCAGCACGGUACACACGGCGGGGAAUAUCAUUGUUAUGAUUGAAAGCGUUGAAUAAACGGUUGAUGCGAACGCUGAAGAAGUGGCAAUUUGUCUGUUUGAGCUCAAAAUCGUGCCACAAAGCACCGGAGCUGCAGGGGUUAUGCAAUUUGGUGGGCACGUCCGUCAAGCAGGUUGCAUACAUUCGAUUUAUUCGGAGUGACUAAAUAAUCUUGCACUUGAUUCAAAAUGUGAGGAUCAAGCUAUUUAUCAAUGGACCAAUACAUUUUUUAAAUUUGAUAAUAAAAAUACUUCAAAACACAAGUUAAUUGAAUUAAACAAGAGCCAUUAUUUGCUGGUUUUCGUACCAUUCCAGCAUCUUUAGGUUCAAAUUGGUUCUGGGCCAGCAGGGUAACUUUUCCCCAUAUUCAAAACCAAAAGCUCCAGGGACAAAAGUUUGCCAUUGUAUUAAAAAAACUGGGGAGGCGAAAAGAUGGCCAAAUGGGGCCCAGGCUCCUCUGCGGCCACUCAGGCCCCAUGUUUUCCGAUCGGUAGUGUUAUUGAUAUCCCGUGAGCUCAUAGCUCAUAUAUAUAUAUAUAUAUACACACAUGACGCAGGAAUUAUUGUAAUACUUCAAGGAUAAAAAUUCCUAACCCCAAAUUCUGCAUUGUGAAAUAUUUACGAGAGAUUCAAUUGUGUCUACACAAUUAUUAGUUGUGUAAAUAUUAGGGGGAAGGGGCGAACCCUGGCAAGGCUAAAUUCGGUAUAUAUCCAUCAUUAUCACUUGUUUUGCUUUUAUCAAGUAAGUCAAUUGAUAGCUGCGGCAGGUGAGACAAGAUACUCUGCAAGUUGUUGAUUUCGUUUUGCUGGUGAGGCUGAAGGGGUGGAAAUGGCUGCUUUCUAGAACAUUUAAUUUACCACUUUCUUCUCAUUCAGAGUUGAAAAAUAGAAUUGAAUGCUAAUUUUAGACCAAUUAUUUUUUAGAUAAAAAUGUAGCCAACUAAAAUCAACACACACGUUUAAAAUGGAGAAAACUGACACAAAAUGAACGAUUCGGACGUUUCGCUGAAGAGAUCUAAAAAGGCAUCAGACAUGAACAACACGACAAGCACUUUUGAAUUUUAAAAUAAUAUUAUAUAUAUUAAUUUUCAUUAUAUGUAUUAUGUAAUACGUGUAUUCAGAAUUUAAGAUUAAAAUUUUCACUCUUCGAAGAGAUUCCCAUUUAAAAUUAACAUAAAUUAACAGUAAAGUUCAACGUUCUACUUCAAAAGCUUAAGAAUUCGAAAAACUAACACCCUAAAAAACAGAAAUUUCACAGACGCCGCCUAAAUAACAACACGCGACUGGUGAAAGUAAACAAGCGGCUGCGGUACGUUAGCUUCCCCUCUGACACACUAACACGGGCUCUGCUUCUUCCUCUCGGUCGGAACGCGCAGCAGAUGAUCCAAAAGCAGCGGGCCGAAAAUAGCCGCCACCGUCCGUCCGUCAGUUGUUCAGUCGACGCUUCGAACGAUGGAGCACCAAUGCUACCGAUGCCCCGUGUGUCUGCACUCGAGUUUCGACUCGUUGGCCGCCCUGUGGCAGGGCCUGAUGAGCGUGGCCAGCCGAAGGCUGUCGUGUCCCGUGUGCCAGGAGGUGCUGCUCGGUCUCGACAAGCUCACCCUACACCUGUACGCGCACCUGCCUUCGCACCCCGCGGCCGACGCCCUGCCCGACGCGGCCGUCUUGCCCACCGUCCAGCCGCCCCCACCGCCUCCUCCACCCCUCCAGCCGCUUCCGGCACCGGUGCUGCAUCCGAUUCAGGUUGGGGCGUCCUGCCCUGAGCUGGACAGGGUGUUUGCCGGCGUGGUUGGUGACGUCGGUGGCAAUCAGCACCAGCAUAACGGUGGCUGCAGUAACCAGUGCAGCGAGUGCGGCAUCUCAUUUUCGAGCAGCCAAAUGCUGGCGACGCACACGAGCAUCGUGCACCCCGUGCCACCAGCGGCCGAGAAAAAGGUGGAGCAGCCACAGCACCAAUGCCACCUGUGCUCGCGCAAGUUCAAAAUGAAGGGUUCGCUGAUGGUGCACAUGCGGUUCGUGCAUGGUGGCGCGAGGAAGGACAACGGCAAGCACAAAAGGCAAAGCAGACAACAGCAGAAUCCAAAAUCCCCGCCUAUGGAGGCGCCGGUGAGCAGCCCCCAGUCCUUCCCUUCGCUCGCCGACCUGAAGGAAACGUUGAGUCCCGUCGAGCCGGCAUUCUCACCGGUGGCUGUGCGCUCGCCUGAAGUUUCCGCACACAAAGCACAAGAGUCGUCGACGGCGCCGGUGGAGAAGGAAGCGGCCAACAGUCAGCAGCAGUGGAAUCAACUCGUGUCUUCGUGUCUCAACGAGAACUUCAAGUGGGACAAUAAACAGUGGGAGUGCGAAGUAUGCGGCAAAAAGUUCACGACCAAGUACUUUCAGAAGAAGCACCAGCGGCUGCACACGGGCGAGCGGCCGUACCAGUGCGGCACGUGCGGCAAGAGCUUCGCGUUCCAGCAGUCGUUCCACAAGCACCUGCUCUACCACACGAGCGCCAAGCCACACGUGUGCCAGGAGUGCGGACAAGCGUUCAAGGAGCUGUCCACGCUGCACAACCACCAGCGCAUCCACACCGGCGAGCGGCCCUUCGCCUGCGAGACUUGCGGCAAGGCCUUCCGCCAGCGCGUCUCCUACCUCGUGCACCGUCGCAUCCACACCGGCGCCCUGCCCUACAAGUGCACCGCCUGCAACAAAUCGUUCAGAUACAAGGUGAGUCAGCGGACGCACAAAUGCAUAGCACAACCACCCGGCGAUUUGGUGCGGCAAAGCGACCUGGUGCAACGCUUGAUUUCCAAAACAGUAGGCGCAGACACCAUCAAAGACGUGGAAGCGGUGCCGCCGGUUUUGUCCACUCCUGUGGUGCAGCCUGUGCUAAUACAGCAGCCCGCGGAGCCGCUGCUAACCAUAAAUGAGGAAUCGUUACGUCAGUUGCUAGCGAUUUUCCCGCCAACGUAAUAUUCAGUUUCAGAGGGGCUAAAUGACUGAACGACAUGUGAUUUAUCUGUAUUUGCAUUUUUAUUUUUAAAAUUAGUUGUCUGCGUUCAAAACCUUGUGUAAUUUAAGUCGAAACUAUGCACAAUAAUAAAUGUGUAACUACAGUUACACCAAAUCCCAA